AGCAAUAAAAAUGAAAAAUUAGUUAUAUAUGCAUUUGAUUUGGAUUAUACUUUAAUUAAAACAAAAAGUGGUAGAAAAUUUCCAAUAAAUUCAGAUGAUUGGGUUUGGUUAAAUGAUAAAGUUUUGCCAACUUUAACUUCUAUAAAUAACAGUAAAAAUCUCAAUAUAAUCGUAAUUUUUUCUAAUCAAGGUGGAAUAGUAGCUGAUUUCAAUCAAAAAUCUUUCAAAAAUUAUCAAAAUAAAAUUAAUUCGAUCUUAAAUCAAUUAAAAUUAAUCAAAUUUUAUCCAUUGAUUUAUUCAUCUGCUAGAAUUCCAAAGAGUUCUCAUUUAAAUAGUAAUCAGAAUAAUAAUAAUUUAUACAGGAAACCAAACAUUGGAAUGUGGAAUCAAUUUUUAAAAGAUCUUGAAUCAAUUUCUAACGAUAAGGAUAUUACCAAUAUCAGACAUCACAUUGAUUAUUAUAACUCGGUUUUCAUUGGAGAUGCAGCUGGAAGAUCUCAAGAUUUCAGUGAUUCAGACAAAUUAUUUGCUAAAAAUAUUGGGAUUCAAUUCAAAACACCUGAGGAAUUUUUU